AUGAGCACCUGGAUGAACGACGCAGUCCCGAACCACAAUGGCAACGGCUUCCCGCACAUGAAUGACCCCAGCGCCGCCAGUGCCAUGAUGGACCCGUCCGCCUUCAUGGCCAACCCGGGCCAGUUCAACCCUGGCGCCCAGUUUUCCAAUCAACAGCAGAUGGCUGCCAUGCAGAACGGCCCGAUGCGCCACGCCUCGCCCGCGGGCUACCAGGCAUCCCAGGCCUAUCAGACCAAUUCUGUCAUUCCAUCAAAACGCCCGCGGCCCCGUGAGGAUUCCAUCUCCGGCUCUCCCCGACAGAAUCCGGGCAUGCUCCCGACGUCGCGCUCCGAAACGCCGCAGCAGCAGAACUUCCCCGGCUUCCAGCCCGGCGCCAUGCCUCCGCAGAACGCCAGCCAGUUCUCGCAUCUCCAGACCAACGGCUCGGCCAACGCAAGCCCGUCACCCAUCAUGGGGAACCAAAUGCGCCCGGGCAGUGUUCCUCAGAGGGUGGCGACGGCCUCGCCUCAUCCAUUUUCCCCAGGCGCCCAGCAGUUUGGUUCUCAGACAUCGCCUAUUGCCUCGGAGCACGGCACUCCUCAGCCGAACCCUUACAUGCAAAAUAUCGCCCAAGGUUAUAACCCGGCCUUCACGCAGUCACCAUCGAAUUCGCGUCCAUCACCGAAUCCGAGCGCCAUGGCGGGGAAUCCCAUGAUGGCCCAGCAAAUGAAUCAGAUGGGGCAGCCCAUGGGCCAGAUGCCAGGUAACGUGUAUGCUCAGUUACAGCAGCAACAGCAGAUUCAACAACAACAACAACAACAACAACAACAACAGCAACAGCAGCAGCAACAGCAGCAGCAGCAACAUCAGCAACAACAACACCAGCAGCAACAGCAGCAGCCCUCAGCCCAAUCGCAGCAACAGCGGCUCCAGGCCAUGCCGGAUGGCAAAAUGGCUGCGUACCAGAUGCGACUCCAGCAGCAGCUUCAAGGCAGUAUGCAAAUGCAAGCUCAGAUGCAGGCCCAGGGCAUGGGGCGUGGGAUGAUAGGGAAGCAGCCGAUGCCCGGUGUGCCGAAUGGCCAAGUUCCCCAAGGGCAAAUGCGACCCCAGCACCGACCUGCGGGCAGUGUCAAUGCGGAACAAUUCAUGAAGAACCUAACAACCCUUAUGCAUGCAAAGGGCCUCCCAUUAGAUCCGAAUCCUAUGAUUGGAGAUAGGCCCAUUAGCCUGGUGAUUCUCUUCCAGGCCGUACAGGCAAAAGGCGGCUCGAAGGCGCUGACCGCUGGGAAUGGCUGGGCUGCCCUAGCCCAGAUCUUGGGACUUCAGGCGCAAAACCCUAACGUUGUUUUGGCGCUGAGGCAGAUUUAUGAACGAAAUUUACUCAAGUUUGAGGAGGCCUGGGUGGCUCAGCAGAAACAGAGAUUGAUGCAGCAACAACAGCAGCAGCAACAGCAGCUUCUUCAGCAGCAACAACAACAACAACAGCAGCAACAACAGCAGCAGCAGCAUCAACAACCACAGCCACCACCCCAAUCUCAUGCGCAACAGCACACUCCUGUGAAGCCUGGCCAGCCUGCUGUCAACGGCUUUUCUACUCCGCAAACUCCGCAGCAACUUCAGCAGCCAAAUGCUAUGCCCGGCCACAACAGAAACAGUUUAUCCCGAAGUAUCGAUGCAGCUGGGCCGAAUGAUUUUUCAAUACCGUCGCCGGCUCAUUCAAGAACUGGGAGCAUGCCCUUGGGCCCAGGCGAUGCCAGGUCGAUGGGUAUGAUGGGUGCUGAGCAGCAGAUGCCCCGACUGCCUCCAAAAUCCGAAGACUAUAACCCUUGUGCACGGGAGCUUUCCACAUAUGGCGGUGUCGACCUCCAUGCGGCGAAUCUAUUAGGUGGGGAGUUGGAGCGGUGGAAACCCACUGUCCCGCCGGUCAAUGACCUCGGCAGCAUCGACAUAUCUGCAUUAACACGCAGCUUGCAAAGUGGAAUACACGGGGAAGUUCGCCUUGCCUUGGAUACGCUUGCGACGGUGUCCCACUCAGUGAACCAGGCGCAUUUCUUGCAGCUACGAUAUUGCGACGACUUGGUCGAUGCGCUCAUCGACUGUGCGGAAGAGCAGCUUGAGCUAUUGACUGAGCACACAGCGGAGGUGUCCGAUGAGAUUCAGCUUACUUCGUACGAGGAAGUUGUCAGGGCAUGCCGCAUAGAGCGAUUCGCAAUUCGCGAUGUGCCUGCUUUCGGGACCGAAGACUAUGAGCUUGACAGAGCUGUUGAUCGACUAGUGUGCAUCUCGACUAUCCUACGCAAUGUCUCCUUCCCAGGCGAACAGAAUGAUAACCACAAUAUGCUUGCUGAUGAAUCUGUCAUGAAGUUCCUUUGUACCGCUAUCAGGUAUCUCGGCACAAGGACCAUGCUUCUUCGCACUCACAGCAACACCCUCGACUUCAUGAAGGAUGUGGUUAUCCUCCUUUCUAAUAUUUCUAGCUCGAUCGAAAUACCUGGUCGGGAGCAAGCGUUUUGUCUUUUGCAAUUCUUGCUGUCAUUCGCUCCGAUUCCCAGCCCAGUAGUGACCGGUGAAACUCUCUUCUUUAGCAACUACGACCCGAGCGUUCAUACAUAUCUCCCUCACGCUGUUGAUGCAUUGGCAAAAUUGCUUGCACGUGACGAGCCCAACAGAAGCCACUAUAAAAACCUCUUUGCUAUUGAUGCUACGAACAACCCCCCAUACGAACUCCUGACUCGUACCUUUGCGUUGGCAAUUUCACCGAUACCGGACAAGGUCAAAGAACGUGAUCGGCCGACAAGCUUCCCCUCGCUUGUGGAAGUCCGGAAGCCAUAUCUUAUGCAAGGGCUACUAUCAGCGGAGAUCAUUGCAUCUCUGGCACCUGGGGCAGAGUCGCACGUUGUGAGGAGCUGGCUGGCCGCGGGCAAUGGACUUGCAAACAACCUCUUCCGUCUCGGCCAAGAGCUGAGUCGUAUGUACGAACAACCACAGGCUUUCGGUCGAGGAGCGGGACGGGCUCAACCCAGGAAAGAUCCUGAGCUCGCCUACAUCUCUGCUCUCUCAGUUACUUUGUUGAGGCGAUUGGUAGAAAAGUCA